ACUCGACGGGACCUGAAGGACCAGCCAUUGCCCGGAGUGCCUGCCUGGUAUACAGACGGUAGCAGCUUCAUUGUGGAAGGUAAGCGGAGAGCAGGGGCCGCCAUCGUAGAUGGCAAACGGACGGUAUGGGCAAGCAGCCUGCCAGAAGGGACAUCAGCCCAGAAGGCCGAGCUAAUCGCCUUGACGCAGGCAUUACGCCUAGCCGAAGGAAAAAACAUCAACAUCUACACGGACAGCAGGUCGCCAUUAUCCACUGCCCGGGCCACCAGAGAGGAAAUAACCCUGUGGCGGCCGGGAACCGGAGGGCCGACGAGGCUGCAAAACAAGCCGCCCUGUCGGUCAGGGUGCUAGCAGAAACUAUAAAGCUUCAAGAGCCAAUCGAGCCUGCUCAAGCUAGGACCAAGCCAAGAGAGCUCACUCCUGACCAGGGAAAAGAAUUCAUUCAGCGGUUACAUCAGCUAACACACUUAGGACCAGAAAAGCUCCUUCAACUAACGAGCCGCACCAGCCUCUCCAUCCCGAAUCUCCGGUCCACCGUUCAAGAAGUCGCCAAUCGGUGUCCGGCUUGUGCCAUGACUAAUGCGACUACCACCUACCGAGAGACCGGAAAAAGACAACGGGGAGAUCGACCCGGCGUAUACUGGGAAGUAGACUUUACAGAGGCUUUAGAAGUUGUAAAAACCCAGAUCUGGGACCAGAUCAAGGAGGUAUACGAGCCAGGUGCCGUGGCCAUCCCUCAUCCGUUCCAGGUCGGAGACCAAGUGCUGGUCAGACGCCAUUGACCCAGCAACCUUGAGCCUCGGUGGAAAGGCCCGUAUCUGGUAUUGCUGACCACCCCGACCGCAGUAAAAGUUGAUGGCAUUGCAGCCUGGGUACAUGCUUCUCACCUCAAGCCUGCGCCACCCUCCGUACCAGAUGAAUCCUGGGAGCUGGAGAGGACUGAUAAUCCUCUUAAGUUGCGCAUUCGGCGGCGGCGGAGCAAGCCUACCAAGUAAUAACCCUAACCAGCCCAACACCCUCACCUGGCAGGUACUGUCCCAAACUGGAAAGGUUGUCUGGUUCAAGACAGAAGUCCACCCCCUUUGGACUUGGUGGCCCUCCCUUACCCCUGAUAUAUGUGCCCUGGCGGCGGGUCUCGAGGCUUGGGAUAUUCCAGAAAUUGAUGCACCGGCCUCUAAAAGAGUCAGGCCUCCUGACUCAAACUAUGAAAAUGCUUAUAACCAGAUCAAAUAACUCCCCUUGGUUGACCACCCUACUGUCAACCAUCGCCGGGCCCCUAUUACUCCUCCUUCUGUUGUUCACCCUUGGGCCCUACGUCAUCAAUAGACUAGUCCAAUUCAUCAAUGAUAGGGUAAGUGCAGUUAAGAUUCUGGUCCUUAGGCAAAAAUACCAAACCUUAAAUGGCGAAGAUAACUUUUAAUUCCGCUCUAAGAUUAGAGCGAUCCACAAGAGAAAUGGGGGAAUGAAGGAAGUGCUUUUUACAAGGGUAUAGGGAAAAUACAGCCAAAAAGUCAAGUUAAGAAACAAGGGGAACAGAGUCAAACAGGAUAUCUGUGGUUAUGCACCUGGGCCCCGGCCCGAGGCAAAGGGCGGAUAGUUCCCAGAAAUAGACAAGUCAGUUAAAGUUUCAAGAGUGCCCCUCAGCUGUUUCAAGGACUCCCACUUGACCGAAGUUCACCCCUGGCUUGAUUUAAACUAACCAAUUACCUUGCUUCUCGCUUCUGUACCCGCGCUUUUUGCUAUAAAAAGGACCCAGGAGCUCUACUCGGCGCGCCAGUCUUUCGAAAGACUGAGUC